AUGUCUAGUGUAGAACAGUUUUCAGCAGUUCCACUUCAAUCAGUGGAAAAUGAAACAGUUCUCCCUGUUGAAAAUGAUACUAAUAAAGAAUGUGAUGAUUCAAUUAAGAUUAUGAGACCAUCCUCAGAACAUCAAAUUAACGUAAAAGAUACAAUUGAUAUAAUUGAUGAUGAGCUUCAGCUAGUUAAUGAAGCAUCCUGUAGUUCUACAAUGAGUAAUGUUGAGGAGUAUACUACUGGAUUGGAAAUACAAGGUGUGAGUGGUCCUGCUAUUGAUCCGGCAAAAUGGUCAAUCAGUUCAUUAAAAUCUUUAUUAGGAAAUUUACAGUAUGGUUUAAAAAACUGGGCCAAAUGUUAUGACAAAGUUCAAAAACAUGAAAAAAGUCCACUUCAUUGUGAAUCUGUGAGGAUUUGGUAUUUAAGAACAGAAGGGGCCAAAAACAAUUCAAUUAAUACAGUUUUAAAAGAAGAAAUGUAUUCUAAAAUUUCAUACUGGACCCAAGUUCUUCGUCGUGUCGUAUCAACAAUUACGUUCUUGGCUGAACGAGGACUUUCAUUUCGAGGUAAUAAUAGUGAAUUUGGUUCUGUGCAUAAUGCUGAUAAAAUUGUGUAUGAAAUCAAUGAAUCUAAAAAUUUUUCAAUAAUUAUUGAUUCAACUCCUGACAUAAGUAAAACAGAUCAAUUGACAGUGGUCAUACGCUAUAUAACUGCAACUGGCAAGUCUAAAGAAAGGUUUUUAGCAUUUCUACCAUCAGUAGGACAUAAAGGAGAACAAAUGGAAUAUGCAUUAAUAAAAAAAUUCAAUGAGUUGGGCAUUGAAUUAAAAAAUUGCAGAGGACAGUCGUAUGACAAUGCCUCCAACAUGUCUGGUGUAUAUAAGGGACUUCAAGCUCGUAUAAAAAAAUGGGAACUUCUUAAAAACAUCAUUGACAAAUCUCCAUCAAAAUCUACAUCUGUUCCAAAAAAUUUAUGUAUUACUAGAUGGUCCUCACGGCAUGAAGCUUGCAAAGGAAUAUUAUCUGGAUAUAAAGAAAUAUUAGAAGUUUUAAAAAUAUUAUCAGAAGAUAUAACUCAAACACCAUCAAUUAGAAACGAAGCAAAUUCAAUAAGGAAGAAAUAG